AAGACCCCCAGGAGGGGUUAAAAAAAACAAAAAAACUUAAAGUUUAUCAAUGAUUGUCAGUAGAAAAAAAACCCACUGCAUUGUAGAGGCUUUAUGGAUCAAUAGACCCAUAAAGCCUUUUUACGGGUGAGUUAGUUUUCUCUUCUGUGUAAAGUUCAUUUAGAUUUUUGAAGCUGACUCUACCUGCUGUGGUCAUUGAAUUGGAAAAUAUGCCGAGUCAAUCCUGUUUGUAUUUCCUAGGUCUGUUGCAUCCUUACCUGUUUGCAUGUUUACAUUCACAAAAGUGUUACUCUAGUUUUAGUCAUCAUGACUUUUGGUGGCCUAAAAAUGCCACAAAGCUGCAACUCAAGUGAGUCUCUAUUAAAUGAGUUAAAAAGGUUCAGGUUCAAAGAUUUCAUGUUAUCACACACAAACAUUUAUACAAUGUUUGUGUGUCACAAACUAGCGCUCAUAGCACAUUGUGUGACAUUGACUACUACUUGCAUGCUAAAUGCCUGCUUAUUUAUUUAAGGAGAGGUGCAUAUAAUGUUUGAAAACAAAAUAUUAUAUUUUACAGCCAGCAAACCAAGAAAUAUUCAAAGUAUGAAGCAUGAAAACACAGAAAAGUGUUUUGAGUUAAGUUCUCAAAACCAGAUAUGCACUUCUAUGUAUAUAUGGGUUAUGACAUAUUUUAUCCUGCUGCACCUUGUAGAAUUUCAUCAUUGUAUUUGGCAAAGAAUGCAUUAUUUUCUUGACGAAAUACAUGCACAUAUACAUGCACAGCUAUUUAUUGAAGCAGGAAAAUGUAAACACCUUGGAAACUAUAAUGUAUUCUGAAAAUAUUUUAAAUCUGCACUGGAUAAAUUACUGAUGUAGCACAAGUGCUAAGUAUAUACUAUUAAUGAAAAAGCUAUAACAUAAAUUCUCUCUAUUCAUAAUUUGUGAAUGAGUAUUUAUUGUGCUGUUACAUUUAAAAAAAGGUCUUGUGGCCAAAUGUUAUUUGGAUUUGAAGGAAUCCAAAUAAACUAGUAUAAACUAGUUAUUGGUUUUAUUAUGACUGAUUAUUAAGCCAUCUGUGUGUAUAAACAACAUAGUAGAUAUGAUGAAUAAGAUAUUUAAAUAAUGUGCUGUUAUUCAUUAUGAUUAGUCAUAAAUAUUGUUCACCCAAUAGUUUGCAUAAAUUAUUUCUUUUGACUUCAUUGUUUGGAUAAAAGUGAUAAAAAUGUUAGAAUACCAAGUGUUUAGUAGAAACCUAUAAUUUGUAUGAAUAUCUGAUGGAUAUAUGCUGAAGGUGUGAAAUCACAACAUCUACAUUUCCUUGUAGGCCCAAAAACUGAUGAAACAAAGUUUAAAACUUCUGUGUCGGCAUGGAAAUAUUCAGAUUUACAGCUCUCUGUAAAUCGUUGUUCCCCUCAAAGGAGUUACAAAGGCAGUUACAAGGACUAUCUUAUUUGUGAUUAGUUAAAAAUUAAACCUGUCUCUACCGUGUAGAUCUAUGAGAAGCCUCUGUUAAACGUCCACAUGCCAAGAUGAGCGGCUUCAGAGACGUCCUGAAGGAGGUCGGGGAGUUUGGUUUGUUUCAGAAAACUUUGCUUGUUGCUUUAUGCAUACCCAGCAUUUUCCCGGCUUUCGAUGUCAGCAGUCAGGUGUUUGUGGGGCUGAGAUUCUCUCACUACUGCAACACUGACUGGAUCUUGGAGAGAGGUCCAAACUUGACAAAAGAGAGACAAAGGAACCUCACCAUCCCGGUGGACAAGGAUGGGAGAUUUGAAAAGUGUAGCAUGUUCACCCCCGUGGAUCUGGAUUUGGAAGCUAUUGAAGCAUAUGGCCUUAACAGGACAACAGAAUGCAUCAAUGGCUGGGACUACGAGGUUCAACAAGGAGUCUCGAGCCUUGUCACAGAGUUUGAUCUAGUUUGUGGCAAAAGUGGGUUAAUCGAGGCAUCGCAGUCAAUCUACAUGGCAGGUAUCCUCAUUGGAUGUUUACUGGUUGGGGCUAUUUCUGACAGGUUUGGUAGAAAAUUUGUAAUCCUGCUUUCUCUUCUCCUUCUACUGUUGUUUGCUGUGAUUACGGCUUUCUCACCAAACAUCUACGUUUACAUAAUCUUUAAAUUUUUAUGUGGGUCUUCUGGUGGUGUCAUUAUUAUGAACACAUGUGUCAUGGCGGUGGAGUGGACUGACGUUUCAAAGUCUGCUCUUUGCACAACGUCCAUCAUCAGUUUCUGUUCAAUUGGACAGAUGCUUCUGUCUGGUAUUGCAUAUUUGACGAGAAACUGGAGGAUCUUGCAACUUGUGCUCUUCAGUCCUCUUGUCAUAAUCCUGUUGAUCUUCUACUGGCUUCUCCCAGAAUCAUCUCGAUGGUUGAUGACGCAAAACAGGAAGGAGGAGGCUGAGAAGGCACUCCGCCGGGCAGCCAAAGUUAACAAACGAAGAGUACCAGGACAUCUGCUAGAAAAGGUAAAUUUGGAAACUACUCCAGACAGAAAGAACAUGAUGGACAUCUUCCGCAUAUCAUAUUUGAGGAAACGCACUCUAAUAAUGAGCUUUAACUGGUUUGCAGCCAGCUUCCUGUUUAAUGGACUGAGCCUAAAUAUAGGGAGUUUCGGCCUAAAUAUCUACCUCACGCAGCUCAUCUUUGGCACUGUUGAAAUUCCUGCCAAUGUGGCUUGUUUGACUAUGAUUCAACGUUUUGGGAGGAGAAUAUGUCAGGCAGGCUUCCUUUUCCUUGGAGGAGUCUCUUGUUUGGUUGCCACUGCUGUCCCAAGAGCCCUUCCUGUGGUUGUGACAGUCAUUGCUAUGAUGGGAAAAUUUUCUGCUGCUGCUGCCUUCAGUACAGUCUAUGUCUAUACAGCUGAAUUAUAUCCUACUGAUAUAAGACAUAGCGGUAUGAGUGUAAACUCUAUGUGUGCUGGAGUGGCGGGCAUCCUCUCACCACUGGUCAGGCUCUUGCAAGCCUACCACUACAGCAUUCCCAUGGUUGUUUAUGGCAUCAUCCCGAUGGCUGCUGGUUGUUUCAGCCUGUUGCUCCCUGAAACACUCAAUGUUGAACUUCAAGACUAUAUUGAACUGAAAAAAGCGACAAAAGCACCAGAGGGGAGCCAAUGCUGUGAUGAAGGAAUGGAUGAGAAACUAUAAAUUUGAAUAUAAACUACAUUGUUGUAACAGAUCUAACUCAAAAAACAUUUUAGGAGGAACUGAUUAAAUAUGUUAAAUGUG